CGGGUACGUAUAAACUUUAUUAUAAUUUUUUAAAAGAUGUUUUAUCCCUGUAACUGAAUUCUGUCUUGUAGAACUGUCAAAAUUAGCGUAUUCAUUUUACGUUAUUAUUUUAUCUAUUUUGAAUUAUUUGCUAGAAUACCCCCCUCCUCAUCGAGUUUAAAAAUCAUUUGUAAAAUUUGUGCAUAAUAAUUUGCUUUAUUAAUUGCUUAGCAAUAAACGUCGUUUUAGCUAGCUAGCUAACGCUAGCUUCUGACUGAUAGCUAGGCCCCAGGCACCACGGACGUUCGUUUCGUUUCAAUUUGGGAACGAAUGCCCACACAACUGUGGAAUGUGGAAAGUCCCCGAAUUCACAAUUCAUAUUUUAAUAUUUUUCCUAAGCUGAAUAAGUACAUUGCCGCGCCUUGUUUGUGUUAGCUCUCUUAAUGUCAACCAUGCAGCCAACUCGUAGAAUGUGCUAGAUCAUCAACGUUCAUUCUGUAAAAGAAACGCCGUUUUACUUGUUUAAACCUUGUUUUAUUUAGUAGUAAAUUGCGUAUUUAAAUAAUAAACAACUCGCUGAGUGGGGGCUAAUUUAUAUAUAUGAUUACUGACUGCCGAUAUGAUUUUCCCCCUAAAGUUAUGUGGUGGAAAUUUACCGCCCGUCAAUUUUAAACUUAAAAAUUGAAAUCGAGCGACCUGAAGAUGUCUCCAUGUUCUUUUGUAUUCACUUCCUCAUCAGCGCAGUCAAGCCAUUGUAAAACUGCCGCUUCAUUGAUUCAGGCUGCAAUGAGUUUAAUUAAAUUCAUACCUCAUUCAGCGGUGAGACCAUGCUCGCUGCUUACUAACCGCUGUGCGGUAAGGAAACCCCCUCCAGCCUGCUGCUCAAAACGAAAGCUAAAUAACCCUGCAGAUAGGCCUGGAUCUUAUCAUUUUUUAUUGUCUUAUGGCAAUGUGGCAGUAUGGCUUACACGUUUUCAAAUGCAGCUGACAGGUGUUAAUACAAAAAGUGUCUUGGUAUCUUGAGGUCGUUCUGAGUAUCUUAAAUCAAGCCUAACUUAUAAAUACAGUGUUUGGUUUGUUAAUGACCAUGAUUUAUUCACACUCAGUGGUUUCAUAAUAAAAUGUGUUAAUUAUUUAUUUAGCCAAUUUGAUGAAAAUUAAUAUAUAUAUUCAUGAAAAGAAGUUAAGUCUCAAAUGACAUGAUGUAGAACCACUGAGGGUGAAUUGUACGUAAAUCUGAACAUUUUUGAAAUAUUCCAGUUUAUGUCAUAACAUUCUUCUAAAUUCAAAGUUGCCGUUUCAAUUGUAGUCAUACAUAUUCUUCAUGCUUUUUCUUCCAUUAAGGUUAAGGUUGGACGAAGAAAAUGCAGAAGUCGUCUCAUGUCCACUUUAUUUUCAAAAAUGUGAAGCUCAGAUGUGUGGCGCUGAAUUGUUGAAUGCAUGCUAAAACAUGAGGAGGGAAGAAGUAUGGGCAAUGUGUGUGGAGGGGAGAACAGAAGAUGAGUCUCGCUCCGCAUCCAGGAGCUUGAGUCCGCGGGGUUCUGGGAAGUCGGCAAGCCGCUCCCCGGCUCGCUCACCUGCCCGUUCUAAAGAUGGCUCCCGCCACUCUCGCUCCAAGUCUUGGUCUCGGUCUCGGUCCCGAUCCAGAUCAAAAUCUAGUUCUCAUUCCCACCGUAGCUCACGCAAGCACCAUAGCCGUUCUCGGUCUCGCUCGAGGUCCCAUCGGCGCAGAUCUCGCAGUAGGUCCUACAGUGGUGAACGUCGGCGAAGGAGCCAUAGUCGCUCACCCAUGUCUAACCGGCGCAGACACCUCGGCAAUCGGGCAAAUCCUGACCCAAAUGCCUGCCUGGGAGUUUUUGGCCUGAGCUUGUACACCACGGAGAGGGAUCUGAGAGAUGUCUUCUCUAAAUACGGCCCUCUGGCAGAUGUCUCUAUAGUGUAUGACCAGCAGUCAAGGCGCUCCAGGGGUUUUGCAUUUGUUUACUUUGAAAACACCGGGGAUGCUAAAGAGGCAAAGGAGAAAGCCAACGGCAUGGAGCUGGAUGGUCGUAGGAUCAGGGUAGAUUUCUCCAUCACCAAAAGACCACACACUCCAACGCCUGGAAUCUAUAUGGGAAGACCCACAUAUGGAGGAGGUGGAGGUGGUGGUCCUGGUGGUCCUCGGCGGUACUCGCGAGACUAUGACCGUGGAUAUGAUCGUGGCUAUGACCGAGGCUGUGAUCGCUAUGACGACAGAGAUGGCUACAGAUCUUACAGACGACGAUCUCCAUCACCAUACUACAAAGGAGCCUACAGGUCUAGAUCAAGGUCGCGGUCCUAUUCUCCCCGUCGAUACUAAUCCUUUCUGGGA